GCGACCAUGAAUGAUAACAUGCAGACCGUGCCAUGGGUAACAGCGGGUCCGGUCUUGGAUAACUCCUCAGCAGGACCAACCGACAACCUGACGACCACGGACGACCAUCCACCCUUCGGCAGUCAUCCACAAUGGGCAGCCAUACUCAUCAUAUUGGUGGCCGGCUGCUUGAGUAUUUUCACCGUCAGUGCCAACCUCAUGGUAUGGAUGUCUUUCUUUAUGGACAAGCAGCUCCAGGUCAUCAAUAAUUACUUCUUGUUGAGCCUUGCCGUGGCCGAUGUGAUUAUAGGAGGCAUAUCGAUGCCGCUUUACACUCUGUAUUUACUGCAGGAGGAAUGGAGACUGGGGCCAAUUGUUUGCGAUAUCUGGCUCUCCAUAGACUACGCUGCAUCCAAUGCUUCUGUCAUGAACCUAUGCAUCAUAUGUUUUGAUAGAUAUUUAUCCAUAACCCGUCCACUGACUUACCGGGCGAAUCGGACGCCGCGGAAAGUAAAAAUUAUGAUCGCUGCGGCCUGGGUCAUUUCGCUUGUGAUCUGGGUACCACUGAUAGUGGGCUGGCAGUUCUUCGUCGGCAAGAGGAAUAUUGGGGAAGGAGUCUGUGCAAUUCAAUUCCUGAGUGAUGAAAUCAUUCUCAACAUCAUCACCAUCAUCAUAGCGUUUUACAUGCCCGUGUCACUCAUGUGCGUCCUGUACUACCGAAUCUGGCGGGAAACGGAAAAGCGGGCGCGGGAAUUGGGAAAUCUCCAGGCGGGUGGCAACAGUCACACCUCGAAACACCUGUUGUCUCCGGAAGAUGGUCAUGAACACGCCGACAGGAAUCAUCGGAAAACUGGGUUCAGAGCUCGCUUACUGUGCUGUGCGAUAGCAGAUAUAUACGAUGAUGAGUUAGAAGAGAGCAGCGAUAUAGCAUCUCCCAUGCCCACGACAAACAGUCAGGUCCCCUCACCCAAACCUUGUCCCGGUCAGAACAGUGUUCACUGCAGUGCCUCUUCCAACAAAACCUCCCCUCGCCUCUCUCCGGUCAAUAAACCUAAAAAAGAUGGUCGGGCCACACCUGAGCGUCCUAAGCAUGAUUCGGAUAAGAGCUUUGCCGCUUCGCUGUACACCAUCCUCAUAAAACUGCCUGGAGAGAACGGGUUGAAUCAGAACAAGCCAGGUGAACAGCCCAAGAUCACGCUUAUAGAAGGGGAGCCGGAAAACGAUACUUGUACUGCCUUAAUGCAGGACCAAGAUGGCAGCCACCUUGUUCCUCCAACUAAGGAACACGCCUGCCAACAACGUGAUCGAGCGGGAUCUACAACAAGCAUCCAAAGUCAAAAGAACAAACCCCUGACCAUCAGCACAAUAUCCAUGGUGAACAAGAUGGCCGUCAGAGCCAAGACAAAUGUUGUCAAACGGAAGAAAUCGGCCCUGAUUCGCGAAAAGAAAGCAGCCAGAACUCUUUGUGCUAUCCUGUCAGUUUUCAUCAUAACCUGGACCCCUUACAGCAUUCUGGUACUAGCCACUUACGGGCAGGAUCUUGAAAACCAACCGGCGUUACUUAAAAUGUUUGACAUUGCGUACUGGCUGUGCUACCUAAACAGUACCGCCAACCCCAUUUGCUAUGCGCUGUGCAAUGCAAACUUCCGCAGGGCGUUCAUACGCAUUCUGCAUUGCAAAUGGAAAACACGGAGGGUGAACAACACACAUAAGAUAGUCCACCAUACGAACUCGUCCUCCCGCAGAUGAUCAAAUAGUCUUCGGUAAAAGUGAACAGUAAUCAAAGCAAUCACUCAGAAGUUUGUGUGAGCAAGAAACUAGAAACCGAAACAGAGCAAAUAAUAACCAAUAUUUGAAACAAACUUGUACUCUGCAGAAAUCUUAAAUCAAUCAAGUUCGAGGGCGAAAAUGGGGAAAAGGAACAACUGUUUAAAUAUUCAGAAGAACGAGCUUUCCUUUGUUGACAAUUUUGGAUGUAAACAAUUCUGAAAUGUUUUUGAAUCCUUGAAACAAAAAUAUGAUAUCAAACUUUUAAUGAGAACUUUUGUAAACCAGAGAAUGUUUAAUGAGUACUUUUGUAAACAUGUUAGAAUGGAAUGAAGCUAAUAAUUAAAUUUUUCCCCAGCUGAAUGAGGCUUGAAAAGAAACGUAUAGAUCCGUCAGUGCAAAUAGAGUUAAGAAGUAUGUAUUUCAUAAAAGAUUGGACUAGUUUAUUAAAGAGGGAGGGACUAGUUUUGUUAUCAUUCAGGAUGUUCUUCAUGUUAGGCUGACGCUACAAUUGUCACGUGGGCUCCAAUUUUGGACGAGAGUGCAACUGUUUAUUGUUGCCAUUUUUUUCGUUCGAUGUUCGAUGAAGCUUUAGGUUUUUCGUUCGAAUACCUAAAGCUUCAUCCAGGUAAACCUAAGAAAAGGGUUUCAUAAAAAAAAUUCAAUUCGACUUUCGUUCCCUUUGAGUUUGGAUACAUGUUUUCUUUCUCACCAGGCAAUAUGUGCAUAAUGUGCGUUCAUAUCAUAGCGGACAUCCGAUUAGAUAAUAUAGUUUGGAUGAUUACUGAUACAUUUGUAUGUUUAUUCUUUCAAGCAUGCUGCACUAUUAUAUACGAAGAGGCUUGGUCAAGAACACAGUAUACAUGGCUUCAUUUGACAGGUUCAAAAGUUUUCAUUCGUAAAGAUUAUUUAAUAAUAACUAUUUUUAUUUCUCUAAAGAUUUGUCAUGUUUUGUGGUUUUUGUUUUUUCAGUUUUAUGUUUUUUGGGGAAAAGUACUAUAGCUUCACAGAUAACGACUUUAUAUAUUUGUACGCUUUGCUAAAUUCAUCGAUACAUCUGGCAUUUUCUUUGCUUCAAAUUAAAAAGGUGGGAACAUUUUCGUUAUUUAAAAGUGCAGGUUCCAAUAUAUAAAUCGGUGAACCAAAUGUGGUGAAAACAAUUUUACAUGCUUCAAAAUAAGUGACAAGCCUAAAAUAAAAAGAAGAAGGUAUGAUGGACAAUUUGGAAGUGACGAAAUCGUAAGACAUCGACACAACUAGUUCCUUUUGGGGGCGAGGCAUCCUAUUGAAGGGGCUAACACAGUGAGUCAUAAGACCCGCUAAUGGAUGGUCGAAAUGGUGCUGUUUACAUAAGCUUUGCACAUCAACACUGCCGGACUAACUAAAAGUUAAAACAGAUCCCCGAGGGUUAACUUCCGAAUGACACCUGUCACAGUUUUAACGAUGUCAGUUUAGGAACACUUUAAUUUCUUUUUGUUUCAAACAUCUGCGAUUUCUUGGAAUGAUCAAAAGUCGCUGAGAGAGAAGGUUAUUUUUCUUUGAGGAAAAAAAACUGCAUUUUCUUUGAGAAUAUAAAAAAUCUGCAUCAAAAUCAACGUGAAACAGACUGUUUCUGGUGUUCACGUUGGCAUUGUUUUAUUCGUUAUAAUUAUCGGGGAUGAUUUGUUUUGCCGAUUAUGUUCUGUUUUUAUUUAUUGUUUUUUAAUUUAUUAAAUAACACGGCCAUAUAUAUAUGGCAUUCAAAUUGUACAAAUGCAUGUAGGCUAUAGGUAAGUCAUGUUAAUCGCAUGCCGAUUCUAAGAUCAUUUCAAUAAUAAAAUGAAUAGUUUCAUUCUUGGACACAAUGUCUGAUAUUCUGAUGGCAUUGGAGCAGGUAUCUAUAUAAUUGCAAUGAAGAACCUUCAGAGAUGCCAGGUCAAGACGGUUUCCAUAGAGACGCAUCUUUCUUAGCGACGCUAUGCGCAUUGUCCAUGGCUAUGCAUUAUACCAUUCCCACAGCACUCAAUAAAUGACUUAAUUAGGGCGAGCGUUGGAGACUUGUUCGAUAGUGUCAAGCUAUUUUUCGAUGAAGAGUAUGUAUGUUGUGUAUGCUACUAUGGUUCGAAAGAAGGCGUUUAUCAUUGUCAAUAUUGCCAAACAGCUGGCAGGGGCCAAAAGGAGACGUGUCCAUUUCCCCCUGUUUCAAUUAUAAAAAAAAAUCUUUCGAAAAUCUGGAGUGUGGUGGUUCCAAUUGUUAAUUGUUGACACGUUAAAUUGUUAUGAAGAUGGUGAAAUGUCGCUAUGGGGGAAGUGGUCCCAGGCACAUAAUGAGCCUUGCUAAAUUAGUAACUGGAUCAGAGGACCCAAAACAUUAGGUUGGAAUGUGAACUGUCCAUUUUUGGUUUGUUGGUCCGUGUGCUUGUUUACUGGCUAAUUGGGAUUUGGUUUAUCCCUCCAUAGUUCGAACUGCGUCAUGUACUUAAUGUAUGAACCUUGUCAUGGACGGUUUCAUAAUCAUGGUCGUUUGUCACAUAUUUUGAAAUACAGAAUUGUACUCCUGCUCAGUGACUGGGACUGCGUUCCACUUAUGGCAAUCAUUUCCCGUUUGCUGUGCAAAAAAAGAGAUCGCGAAUGUUGGUAACGAUUGCUUGAGUGGAACGCGCCCAAAGCCAAUUUCAAAAAAUUCAUCAGUUGCCAAGAGCUUCUGAAUAGGCACCGAUGUUUUAAUUUGUGAGUGUUGAAGGGGGCACAUUGUUAAGUUAUGUUUUCUGAUGUGGUUAAUGAUUUCGCGUAUGCAUCAAAAUGAUUUUUUUUUCCUUCUAAACAUUAGUCCAGCUAGGACCACCGGGAACUGCCAAUUUCAAACUUGUGGCCGAGCUCAUAAUUUCGGCCGAGGUCGCACGUUUUGUCUUCUAAAUCCAGUGGGUAAAACAUCGUCGUAUAUUCCGUCAUGAAUUCACAAGCCCCGCCCCUCCCCUUCCAACUGACGUUCUUCCUCUAUCCACUGCAGCCUUUGCAUUGUGUAAUGUCUGCAUGAUUGUUGAGCGUUGCCACGGCAACUGAUUAACGCGUUCCGCGUCUGGACACGUAAGGAGCAUUGUUGUAAAAAAUAAAAUCACGUUGCUUUGACAAUAUACCAUCGCCCGUAAAAAAAAAAAUGUUCAAGGGGAAUUGUGGAUUCGUGUCCAGAUGUGGGAGGUAUUAUGGUUUGUUUUUUUUAAAUUGUUUCCCGGGAAAUAUUUUGAAAACCCACAGAAUUACAAGUGGAGUGGUGGGGUUUGUUGAUAGUCACGAAUUCAAGGACGAUAUUCUUCUCUUUUGUGAUAGUGGUGAUGACAGUGAUGAUAUCACGGUUAAGAUGUGGAUGCUGGUGAUGAUGGUGAUUGUGGAAGUGGUAAUGAUGGUUUAUGGUUGCGGUAAUAAUUGUGAUGGUAAUACUGAUGUUGAUGGUGUUGAUAUUGCUAAUUGUGGGGAUAAUGAAGAUGGCAAUUUAUAUGAUGAUGGCAAUUGUGGUGAUGAUGGUUUAUGAUUCUGGUGAUAGAUGUGACGAUGCUGAAAGUGUUGGUGGUGAUAUUGCUAAAUGUGGUAGUGAUUGUAAUGGUGAUGGUUCUGGUGAUGAUAAAUGGUGAUGAUUGAGACGACAGCAAGGUGAUUGUGGUGAAGAUGUUGAUGUUGAUAUUAGUGGUGAUUAUGGUGGUAGUGAUGAUGGUGUUAAUAAUGAUGGUGUUAAUGAUGAUGGUGUUAAUGAUGAUGGUGUUAAUGGUGAUGAAAAAUGGUGAAACUGAUGGUUGUGAUAGUGUUGAUGUGGUGAUGAUGAUAGUGAUUAUGAUAAUGGUGGUGGAAUAAAUGAUGAUUAUGAUGGUGAUAAUGAUGGUGAUUGUGGUGGUGGUGAUGCUGACGAUGGUGGUGAAGAAGGAAAUAGUGGAGACGAUGGCGUUGACGGUGAUAAGGGCGAUAGUGGAAGUGAUGAGGAGUGAGGACGGUGUGGAAGACACUGAUUGGGGUGGUGGUGAUGGUUAAGAAUUGUUGAUGGUGAUAAUGGUGGUGAUGAUGGCGGUGCGUGCGCAAUCUGUAACUCUUUCUCAGUCUUCUUUUCCUUUGUCUCACACCACUGACGUACACAACAUGGCAUAUUGAUUGAUUCAUGACUUGGCAUCUAUAAGAAGGAUUAUCCCGGUUAUCUUUGCUCAAGGGAUGUAUGAUGCAAGUGUAGACCUUGGCUUGGAUUACUAAUUCGAUUUAUAAAAACAGACAUUCAUUUCAGUAAUAUAGACAUGUGUUCUCACAGACAGCACUCUACCUAUCACUUGAAGCGAAUUCAAAUGGGUUUAUUGGAUUUUAGAAUCUAUGUGUAACAUUGGUGCAUGAGGAUUUCAUAUGCAACUCUUCUUGUAAAUGGAUUGGUAAACCAAGAAUGAAUAAAAUAGCAUGGUUGUAAGAAUGA